UUUUGGGUGAGGAUUGUCAGGCAUAUGUUGAUCGUCAUGGCAAGGCACAACCUGCAAAAUCCUGUCCCAACUUCUGCUGUGGAGAUUGCAUGCAUCAAUACUGUUGCUCUAAUGCGUUCUUAAAAUUUGAUGAAGAACGACAGUUUAAGUGUAAUCUGCUUGAUGGAAGGACCUCUGACUCAAGUGACGUCAAUUACAUGCAGUUUUUUUCAGACCCUGAUGAUUACAUUUCUUCUGGCCCCAGUUUUGGAACGCUUGUUGCGAUUGGAAUUACUGUUUGUGCAGUGAUUAUAGUUACCAUUAUUCUGUGCCUCACCUGUUCGUGUUGCUGUUUGUAUAAAGCCUGUCGAAGACCACGGCCUGUUGUGACCACCACUGCUUCCACUACAGUGGUUCACGCUCCCUAUCCCCAACAACAGGGAGUGCCACCCCACUACCCAGUCGCCCCAUAUCAAGGAUAUCAGCCUGUGGCUAUCCAGCCACAACCGGGAAUGCCGGUAGCACCGUACCCUGCACAGUAUCCUCCCCCUUACCCCAUGCAGCCGUCAGGACCCCCAGCUUAUCACGAAACAGUGGCAGCUGGUGCUGGAGCACCUUACCCAAUCAGCCAGCCCCCUUACAACCCUGCUUAUGUGGAUCCUCAGAAGCCCACCUAUUGAAAAGAUCUUCUACUAAGCUUCUGCAUACAAAACUUUUUAAAGUAUAAUUUGUGCUGUUUACACUGUCCAACUGUAGUAUAUUUUUCUGGAAGACAGCAAUCUUUUGUCUAAGUAAAGUGAAAGUUAAUUCAGUAUCUUUUUUUUUUAAAUGCUUCAAGUAUGAAGAAGGAGUAUUUUUCUUGCAGAAGUUGUUAAUUUAUACCUCAAGCAAAUACAAAAAGAGAUUUUGUUCUAUAUACAAUGAGAAAAGCAUGAAGAAGGAGUACUUCAGAAAUAAGAACCACAAUAAUGUUUGCUGUGCAAUAAUUUUGGAAGGAAUGGUCUAAUAUGAGCAUUAUCAAACACCCAAAGCUGUAGCAAUCUUUUGCACAGUAUUAAAACAUAAAAAAACUUAAUCUCUAAGAAACUACCUGAUAUAUGUCAUGUAUGUUCUGCCUGUUUUGAAGCUACUAUUGUUAGGUAAGCUACAGUGUAAUACAUUUCAUUUACCAUUCAAAAGGGAAUUUUCUUCUUUGAAACACAUUUGCCUUCAGUAAGGGGUAGCAAACCACGUUUAGUUGUCUUUGGACUAGUUGCAUUUUUCUGUGCUAAAUAGCAUGAGUUGAUAAUUUCCUUGUUUUCUUUCCCAAUUUUAAGGCUUAAAAACUGUGCCUUCAUUGGGUGUUUUCUCAGGCCAUUUUAAUUUAUAGCUAGGAAUUAACAACAAAACCAAACUCCCUGCCACUUCGUAGAACAAAUAGAUCAAAAGCUGAAAAUGUGAGAAUUCUUCAUAAAAAUUAUUGGACAAGUAUUUAUUGUCCAAAUAUUAUUGGACAAGCUUACUUAAGUCAUAUGUUGUUGA